UGUCCCAUGAAAAGAUAUACCCGUACCUAAAUAUCUGCAGAAAUGUGAGGGUUGUACUCACUUUUGUGAGACAGUGUAAUUUUUUUUUUCAAGACCAAAAAUUGCCACAUGCCAUAUAAAGGGUUUAAGGUGCCAUUGGUCCAUUUUUUUCAACGGUAGAAAUGUUCAGUUUCUCUGCAGAGAGAUGAAGAUGGAGAGCAACCUGCAACACCAGACCAUCAACUGCUGUCAGUUCAACACCCACUAUCAUGACUGGUGGUCAUCAGCGUAUUAAAUUCUUCUUUGGGUAUGUGUGUGCGUCACAUUUGCAGCCUGUGUGUGUGAACGUCUCUCCCUGCCUUCAUCUGCAUGGGAGGGGCCCUUCUCUGCUGAAGUGCGGAGGCAGCAGUAGUGUUUGCGUGCAUGCACAGUGAGUCAACUCGGUGCACUCGAGACAGUCGUGUUCGUCUGGGAGGGAGGAAUUGUAACGGAACCACCGGAGAGGUGGCGAACUUGGCAGUGCACAAGUGAGCAAACUGCGUUGACGCAUAAUCCCGCCCGCCCCGCUGGCACUGGGGAGGGGGCAGCAGAGCCAUCCUUCGACCUCAAGUCAAAUCCUGAAGGAGAGAUUUACGAGCACGCCGCUGCACCUUCACAUGACAUUUUUCUCAUUCAUUGGCGAUAAACGUGAGCACAGGAUGGCAUUUUAAAGCAAUUCGGUGAGGGGGGACAUUGACUACUGGAAGCGCCAACAGGCACUGUUUGGUGCGUCUUGACGUGGAGGACAUCACCUGAGCGAGUCGACUAUUUGAUCGCAGUCGUUCCACCGAGGAUCUGGAGCAAUGAAUAGCGCCCCGCUGCUUCCACGGCCCGCCUGCUGACGGUACCGGGCCAGGAUGGGCGAGAGGUCUGCCGCUGUCAGGAUCCCGAAGCAGCCGAUUUAUCAAUGGAGGAAGAGAGCGACACCCGGAAAAUUAACAGCAGCUUCCUUCGCGAUCACAACUAUGCAACCGAAGCUGACAUUAUCUCCACUGUGGAGUUUAACUCAUCGGGGGAGCUGUUGGCCACUGGGGAUAAAGGAGGCCGAGUUGUUGUCUUCCAGAGAGAGCAGGAGAGUAAAAGUCAGCCCCAGCGUCGAGGGGAGUACAAUGUUUACAGCACAUUCCAGAGCCACGAGCCAGAGUUUGACUACCUUAAAAGUUUGGAAAUAGAGGAGAAGAUCAACAAGAUCAAAUGGCUUCCACAGCAGAACGCCGCCUACUUCUUGCUCUCAACAAAUGACAAGACGGUGAAGCUGUGGAAGAUCAGCGAGAGAGACAAACGGCCAGAGGGCUACAACCUUAAGGAUGACGAUGGCCGCAUCAGAGACCCGUCCACCAUCACGUCUCUACGAGUGCCGGUGCUGCAACCGAUGGAUUUGAUGGUUGAAGCCACAGCCAGACGAGUGUUCAGUAACGCCCACACCUACCACAUCAACUCCAUCUCUGUGAACUCCGACCUCCAGACCUUCAUCUCCACCGAUGACCUCCGAGUGAACCUGUGGAAUCUGGAGAUCACUGACCGUAGCUUCAACAUUGUGGAUAUAAAGCCAGCCAAUAUGGAGGAGCUGACUGAAGUGAUCACCUCAGCAGAGUUCCAUCCCCAACAGUGUCAGACUUUCGCAUACAGCAGCAGCAAGGGCUCAAUAAGACUGUGUGACAUGAGGCAGGCUGCGCUAUGCGACAAGCACUGUAAAUACUUUGAGGAGCCGGAGGAUCCCGCCACUCGCUCUUUUUUCUCCGAAAUCAUCUCGUCCAUUUCCGAUGUGAAGUUUAGCCACAACGGACGCUACUUGAUGACAAGGGACUACCUCACUGUUAAAGUGUGGGAUCUGCAAAUGGAGAAUAAGCCACUCGAGACAUACCAGGUCCACGACUACUUACGGGGCAAACUUUGCUCACUUUAUGAGAACGACUGCAUCUUUGACAAGUUUGAGUGUGUCUGGAAUGGUUCAGACAGUGUCAUAAUGACCGGCUCCUACAACAACUUCUUUCGAAUGUUCGAUCGGAACACCAAACGGGAUGUCACACUGGAAGCGUCCAGAGAGAACAGCAAACCCCGAGCCAUUCUCAAACCUCGCAAGGUGUGCGUGGGCGGCAAACGCAGAAAGGACGAGAUCAGCGUGGACAGCUUAGACUUCAGUAAGAAGAUCCUUCACACGACGUGGCACCCGCACGAGAACAUCAUCGCCGUCGCGGCCACCAACAAUCUUUACAUAUUCCAAGACAAGGUCAACUGAGACUGAGAAUGUGCAGUGUUUACCUGCAAAUGGACGUACAGUUUUGAAAUCUUUGAGGACAUGACAAAGGUUUCCAAUUAUUUUAUUUAUUUAUCCAUGCGCACACGGACCGAAGGGAAUCCUGUGCAACAAGAUUGCAGCUGCAUGAGCAACAAGAUGUAGCAAGACGCUGGAGACAAAGGUGGAGAUGUGGAUACGAGGAACAAAAUGUAGAGCACACGUGACUCAUUGUCAUGUAGCAAGAGUGCCCCCUGUCGAUUUAUCAUCUGCGGUGCAAGUUAAGCGGCGCCUUGGAUGGCACAACUUCCUGCUGCAAUUUCAAAUGGCAGGAGAAGAGACAGUUUUCUGCCUGUGACACAUUGUCAGUCUUUCUACUUUAGUCUGUGAUAUGAAUGAAGCUGUUUUUGAUGGUUUUAUUUAAUACUGGUUCAUGAGUGUGUUUAGCUGCUGUGGUGCCUUCUUUUUGGUAUGUGGGGUUCAAUGGGGGGGGGGGGGGGGUGAUGCAGGAAAUGUAAAUGUUUUAAGAUAGGGGUUUUGUUUUGUUUCCCAUCUGUCUGUUAUGAACAAAAAUGGGUUUAAACUGAAGAAUGCUGAUGGCUUCAGGGGCUUUAACAUUACAACGUGUACUGUAGAAGCCUGUCGGCAAUGCGAAGUGCGUUUUUAAAGCAAUGUACAAAGGGAAAAUGUUGGAAUUUGAUAUCACCAGACACAAAAGUUCCCCUUGAAAAGACGAAUUACAGUUCUAAAAUCUUGCAUGGGAUGGUUAAAACUAGUGUUGCACCAAUACCAUUUUUUUGGCUUUCGAUCCCAAUUCCGCUGCCUGUUUGUGUGGUGGUGGUGCCGAUACUGAUACUACUAUUGUACCAAUACUCAAGGGCGUAGGUUUGGUCUUAACAUUGGUAGGGACGCUAUCACAGCAUAACCUGCAUGUACACUUUUUGCUGGGAUCGGGACAUUAAUAAGACCAAACAGAUUGGAUACAUUUCUCAAAAAUAGCUGUUUACUACAUAAAAAUGAAAAAAGUUACAAUUAUUUUCAUAGGGAGAAAGUCAUUUUUCAAAAUGCUUCCUUCAUUUCAAGGAAAUUUAGAGUGGUUGUGUUUCUGUGUUUUUUUUUUUUUUUUUUUUUUUUUUUUGGUGGUUAAAAUGUGCAUAGGCUGCAAAUAUACUUUUUUUUUUAAAAAAAAAAUAAUGUAGAAAAUAAAUACAUUUUAAUUAAUGAAUAAAUGCGCAAAAUGCACAGUUGAAUUAAAGUUGAAAGUGGAAAACAUACAGGAAGACACCUCUAAGCAGCUUUCUACUCGAGUUUCACAAGUUUGCAAUUUCACACAGUUUAAUGUUAUGCUAACUCUGAUGCAGGUCGGACUUUCAGUAGCAAAAUUAGUGGCAUGUUCCCCACCUCCACAACAUUGACAUUUUUACAUUACUUACAGUGGCUGCUGCUGCUGGCCGGAAAAAAAAAAACAAACCUUCUAAUAUCACCCCUCUUCAAUAUAUAUUGACAUGUAUUUCUGUCGGGAUUGUGUGAAAGUGGGGGUUCUAGUCACCACCCAAUCAAACAUGUGUUUGAGGGGGAAAAAUGGACAGGCACAUUCAGCAAGUGAAAAGCGGUGAACAUAAGUCUGAACAUAAUAAAAUUAAUUCACAUAAUAAUGGUAGGGUCAAUUCUAUCCUAACAACACAAGGGAAGACAAUCUAAAUGACCUUUAUAGCUGAACUUAUUGUAAAAUUCAAAUAAGGUCGCUUAAAAGUUGGUGUGGACAAUUUGAGCAUCCUGAAAAAUUGGUAGUGUUAUGUCCCUACCGUCCCUAUGCAAACCUACGCCCUUUAAAACAUAAAUACAGUUAGGAGCAGAAGUAUUUGCACCCCUUGUGAUUUUGCAAGCUCGCCCAUUUAGGAAAUAGGUACAGAUGUGAAAUUUUAAUCAUAGAUGUAUUUCCACUUAGACAGAAAGCUGCUUUCCAAUUGUCCCAUAGCCUUUUCCAGCUUUGUGGAGCUCAACAAUUUCUUUCUCUGGUGUCUUUCGAAAGCUCUCUGGUCUUACCCAUGGUAGCAGUUGGAUUUUGACUAUGGGGUGCACAAGUGACAAUGAGCUCAAACGGUUGGUGGGUGGUUACUCAUGGGGUAAAGGUGAAGUAUUUUUUUAAGGUAGACUGACACCUCUUCGGGUGUCAUAAUUAUUGCUGAUUCUGUGCGGUAUAAAUACUUACAUAUGAACCCCAGUAAAUUACAAAUAAUUAUUUUAAAGAUCAUACAAUGUGACUUCAGGAUUAUUUCGGGGGAUUAUGUCUAUGAGUGGAAAUGCAUCCAUGAUUGAAAUGUCAGUCCUCUACCUAUUUCAUCAUGAUCACCUAAAUCAUAAGGGGUGCAAAUACUUCUGCUCCUCACUGUGUAUAUAUUUUUCUUUUUAGUUCUAAAUUUUAGAAUACUCACUUGAAUGUAAAAUAAUUGCUAUUGUGGCUUGGUUAGACACUGCUUAACAACUCUUGUGCCUACCUGCUAUUCACAGAGGUGGGUAAAGUAGCCAAACAUUUUACUCAUUUAAGAGUAGCGUUACUUCAAAAUAAUAUUAAUUGAGUACAAGUAAAAGUAGUCAUCCAAAAAAUGUACUCAAGUACAAGUAAAAAAGUAUUGAGUGAAAAGAAUACUCAAGUAAUGAGUAACAUUGUGAGUAACAGCUUUUUUUUUUUUUUUUUUUAACGAUGGUAUUCUUUUUUCUGAGCACAAAGUUACAUGGACUGUUGUUAUAAUGAUGAUGUACAAUAAGCCAUUACAUAACCACAUUAAGCCAAAGAAAAACAAAACAAAAAAAUCAUUGAAUUUCGAUGACAGAAAAAAAAUUACAACAUAAAUGAAGCAUUAUUCAUCCAAAGAGCGUGACUGCCCUCUGGUGGGGAAUAUAGUUCCGAGUUUAAAUAAUGAAGAGUUCCGUCAUAAUUACUAUUUUGAAAUUAAAAGGAUCAUAUUUCCGUGGUCAAUCAGUGCCAAAAAAAAAAAAAAAAAAACUGGGAGAGAGGUUAAAAUCCGCACUUUCGAGUCAUGUUGAGGGCAGCGCUCUAUAUCAAAUACUUCAUUUUUUACAGUGCUUUAAAGACACCACAUGAUUGAACACUCUGGCGCGAAGAUAGAAUGGCAAGCUUGCGUCUGAUUGGUAUAAUGGAGUCAUGUGAUUAUUUUUGCGACGUGUCAUUGGUGAAAUCGGUAGAGCUACCCCGGUAAUACACCAGGCACGUCUCUAGUCUUGGCAUCGCUGGCAAUAAAAAAAAAAAAAAAAUGUUUUUAAACUAAUAUGUAGAAUAAAGAGGAAAACUGCAAUGACUCUUGUGUAGCCCAAAGUAGCAAGAGUAGCAUUUUUUCUUCACAAAUCUACACAAGUGAAAGUAAAAAGUAUGGCUUAGUAAAACUACUUUUAGAAGUACAUUUUUCUCCAAAAGUUACUCAAGUAAUUGUAACGGAGUACAUGUAACGCGUUACUACCUACCUCUGGCUAUGGAUGAUAAUAAAUAAAUGAACUCCUCUAAAACUUGAGACUUAAAAUGCUCUCAUGGGCCAAAAUUAUUUUUUUGUUUGAUUUUAAUUAUGUAUAUAUAAUUUGAUAUCAAUGUAGCACAUCAGCCUAGCUUGUGUGCUAACCACUUACGCUAGCAAAGGACACAAAUUCACUAGCCUACUUUUUCCUGUUCUCCCUCCUUCUAACAAAACUAACCUCUUUCUAGAUGCUCAUGUCACUUUUAGUGUUCAUAAAACCUCAAAUCCUGGCAAGUGUUACCGUUUGAGAUGUAACCUACAGCUAUUAAAUUAUGUACGCUGAUACCGAUGCCUGCAUUUUAGUGCCGGUGUAGGCGCACUAUCCUAUUCCCCUCACUAUCCACUCGCUCUCGCUAUAUGACUGGCCGAAGAGUCAAAAUGCUCUUCCGUGAAAUGCCUGUUUAAAAAUGUUCCCGUUGUUACUUCUUGGGUUCGCUUAAAAGUGCCCAUUUAAAAAGGAAAAGCGAUGGAUGAUACUACACACAGAGCGUAUUAUUAACAAAUGUUAAAGUUGUAUAAUCAUAUAGCGAGAAUAAGGAACGUCACUGACAAGCGCAGGCCCCCGCGAGUGGAUAGUGAGGGGAAUAGGAUAGCGCGCCUACACCGUAUCGAGCCCCGUUCCGAUACUAAAGUAGUACAGAUAUCGGUGCAACACUAGUUAAAACCUGCUGAAAAGUCGACGAUUCAACUUCGAAAGAACAUUUGAAGCACUUUGUGAGGUUGUUGUUGCUUUCUUAAGUCAUGUAUUUAUCUCAGAUUGUUUGUCCAUACUCAUUGGAGGAGCGUGGUCACGUGUCGCAGGUUGGGUUUUAGCACCUGUAUGGCGUUUUCUGUUAAGAGCCAGCGUUCGCCGAGGUAAGCACUAAACAAAAAGGUCUAAGCAAACUCUGUGAAAUCAGGGAAUUCAUACUGUACAUAUGGUUCCUUUAAACAGUACAACCUUCAUUUGUGAAACUUUUAUAGCUCAGAAUGUAAUAAUAAGAAUGACCAUGCAGUCUUUAUGCUUACUGGACUUUUCUUUUUAAUGAAAAAAAAAAUGUAAUAAAGCUGUGCAAGUUGAAACCAAAAUUGUUUUUGUGUGCAUAUCAAAUAGUUAAAGUGAAGGCGCCCCCACGUGCAUAAAAUGAUGUACUACAUUGAGGAACGAUUUGGAGGGAAACGAGCCAUUGACGGCGACAGACGGCCAGUCCAUUUUGAACUGGGAGAUGCUGGUGAAGCCAGUAAAUUAAAAAAAAAAAAAUUAAGUAUUCUGAUUAUAAAACUGCAGUCAGUUUUUUUUUCUCCACAGCUUACCUACUAC